AUGGCGUUUAAUCUCAUGGCUCGGAAGGACGUCCAAGUGCUUUAUAUUUGCUGUGGACAACAGCAAGGAGGUGUGGAGCUGGCAUUUGGACAGCGUUCUGAGUCGUUUUUGCGCUGUAUGGAAAAGGAUCUGCCAGGGGUAUACGACGCAAGAAUCUUUACCAUUUUGCCCCAGAUGAAUUUGUACACGUUUGGCUUCAUCUGGGCGAUAUUGACCGGGAGAUCUUCGUUCAUGGACCCAAGAAGGCCUGUAGAAGUUCGGAAGGAGCUGAAGGCGCGGCCGAAGGGCAGCAGGCAAAUUGUUGUUUUCUUGGACGAGUUCCCUCGACUCGACAAUUCGAGCAUUCGGACCAGCGACAUUGCGCGUCGGUUUAUGCUGAACGUGUUCCGCUCGUUUGGUCUGGCUGUGGUUUUGAACACCACUAGCGGUGCCGCGAGAGAUCUUGCAACAUUGGACAUUGGUCGAUGCCUUCAGCAGAGCGGCAGACUGUGGUGUACCAUCAGACCAACGCUUCUAGCUUUUCGGCCACAUCAUGCGCAGGUAAUACCGCUUGAGUUGCAGCUAAUUUUUCGGAAUAGUCGACCGUCAUUUGCGGCGUUGGUCGUGGAUUAUCUGUCCAAACACCCAUUUGCUACGGAUUUCGUGAGCUACAUGGAUGGAAUUGCUGGCACUGUGGCGAAUGCGUUUGCUCCCAAAGAGCGGUUUGCGUCCGAGGUGUUUAGAGUCGGUCAGUCAUCGCUGUUCCUCCGCGCAAGUUAUGGUACCGAUGAUUUCACAAGCAAUAUGACCAGAGCUGAAGACACGAGUCACCUCAUUGGAGACCAUUUCGCUCGUCUUCAUGAAACGGCACCAUUGAAGCUCGCAUUGGGUUGUGAAGACCAUCCGAGCAACUUUGACGGUGGACCAGAGCCAUGGCAGUGCCACAGCGAGUUACCCACAACGGAGGAAGACUGCUUGCUGCACCUCUGUUUAUCCGGCGGAAAGCAUUUUGAGGCCCUGAAAGAUUCUACCGGGACAUCUAUUCCGUUUAUCCGAGCAUUUCUGGACGCUGAAAAGGCUUUUUAUUCAGUGCUGAAGUACCUUAGUACCGACCAGAGUCACUACGACCGCCUUCGACUGGAGAUGUUGGUAGCUGGCGCAAUUGUAGCAUCAAGUCACCGAAAUGGCUUCGCUGGGAUCAAGUUCCCAGAGUUUUUGUCUGCGCUGCCGUAUGAGCUGAGAAUUCAGUCGUCGCCAGAUUUACAGAUCCGGUUUCCCGAGACCUUAGCAGAGUCUGUGGUUUCUCUGGCAGUCCCCUUCCUUGCCUUGCCUGGACCAACUGGCCAGAUCACCUAA